AUGUCUGCCAUCAAGUACACGUGGGACACUGGAUCGAUGACUAGAAUCCGAAAGUCUUUUCUCCAUCACAAGCUGGAAGCCAUCAAAUUCGUCAAUGAACAGCUGCAGGACCCGAGUUCCGCGUUAACAGAUUGCACGGUAGCAAGCAUUGCUGCUUUGGCAUUAGCAGAAAGUGCAUUGGGUUGCCGAGAUACAGCCAAAGCCCAUAUGGGCGGCCUUGCUCAGCUCUUAGGCAUGCAAGAAGACGACAUGAUUACCGACGGCAACAUCUUCCAGAGCCUGGUCAUCCUAACGUCUAGGGGGACCGGUAAAUUGACACUCCGCGAGCUCUUGUCUGCCACCCGAACAAUCGAGAAUCAAGAAUCGCUCGGGUUGACUACAUUCCGUGCGAUUGGAGACAGGUUUCACGGUACGGCGGGUAAGAGUAUUGAGAACAGCGACAGAACCGUUGGCGAAGCCUUAGAGGAAGCGUCGGAUAUACCCACGGCGCUUGGACUCAAGCCGGCGUUACCACCGUCCAAUGCCGUGAGUCGCGCCCGUCUGAUGAGCUGCUACCUUUGUAUCUUCGCGAUCCUCGGAGCCAACGACGUCGAUCCCUUCAUGCUCAACUGGCUCAUCGAGUGGAUGUUAUCCGACCUCUGCCACGAGGAGGACGCGAUGCGACAAGGCACCUUCCCUAGGCAAGUCUGGUUCUGGGGCGCUAUGAUGGCGACCUGCGCGGUGUCGACGGCGAGGCCGAAUACCGCUCUCGCGGUUCGCCAGAUUGAGGAGUGGCGAGAACUAUGUCAUGAGAAGAUUCGACUGGUUAGCCAUCAACUGAACGUCAGGACUUGGGAGCAGGCGAAGAGGGUCUUCGUUUCGUGGGUUUGGCGGGACGACUUCGACGAGGAACAACAGGUGAAGGAAAUGUGGGAGGAAGCGGUGUACGGGAAGCGGAUCGCAGUGAAUCGAACGGCGUCGCCGAGCUGCUUCGACCGACGAGAUUUCAUGUCAGCAAGGGACCGAGCAAAGUCCAUCGUUCGGGCUCAGGUUGUCCAUAUGAGAAGGCUGAUGCUAAUCUGA